AUGAGCAAUGCCCAACGGGAGCCGCUCUGUCUUGUACGCGGAUCGAUAAAUAUCGACGAGUUUUUCCAUGUGCCGACGAUGGUUCGUCCCGGAGAGACACUUUCGUCCACGCACUUUGAGAGGCGUGCGUGCGGGAAAGGUGCAAAUCAAGCAUCGGCGGUUGCCAAGGCUGGCGGGCAUGUAAAGCUCAUCGGCGCGGUCGGAGAGGAUGGCGGGGUUGUGCGUCCAACGUCCUGGAGCAGUUGA